AUGCGUGCGCGGGACGCUGUACCCAGGGUACCCAUUAGCACAGUAUAUUACCCUGGGUACCGAAUAAUAUUUGGUACCCGAGCUCAAAAUCAGCCCGACGCCGCCCGUACUCGGUCCGCACAAAUCCUCCCGACGCCGCCCCGUUCCUGGUCCGCACAAAUUGUCCCGGAUCCCACCCCGUACCUGACCCCGACCCUCGCUCGCACCUCCGCACGAUCCGAGCUCGCCCCAGGUGGUUUCGCCGCUUCCCAACCUCGUCGUAGCAGAUCGUCGGCGGACGACAGGGAAGGUCUCCUUGCGCAUCCGGGCGGGUCCGCGCCUCCUGGCGUCGCGCGUCCGGGCAGGUCCGCUGCUUCGAGCGUCGCGCGUCCGAGCCGUCGGUCUCAGGUCGUCCUCUCCCCGUUCAUCGUCCAGGGCGCCUUCAUAGGCCGCGCCGUCGUCUCCCCGUUCAUCGUCCAGGGCGCCUUCACAGGCCGCGCCGUCCUCUCCCCGUGGUGGCGCCCGGCCCCUCAGCCCUCUUGCAUCAUUUGGGAUGGACCCGCCCGGCCCCUCAGGAUGCUCACUCCGGAAAAGGUCCUGCUUCGUCAACUAAAAGAUUUAGAAGCACACGGCACAUAUAAGUUAGUGUGCUUGCAGCGCAUCGUGGCUCAUUGUCACCUCCUGUCGCGAGCUUCCGGAAAAAACGAGUGGCAACUCGCUUGGCGUUGUUGUUGCCGCUGUCAGCCCACCGCCACUGCCUCUCCUGCAUGUGCUCCUCCAACACUGUUGGCAAAUCCAGGUGCCCCUCCGCCAGAUCCCCUUCCUCAUCUCGGCUUUUGCACCAUCUCCUACUCCUCACCCUUUCUCUUCUUGAUUCAAUUUGAUGAUCGAGUGCAGGAUGUGUUCCCUGCAAGUGUUAAUGACAAUUGCUAAUUUGUUACAUAUUGACAAUUGCUAGUUAUGCAGGUUCUUCUACUUGCAAAUUUAAA